AACGAAUUAUGGGUUUAAAAAAUAUAAGCAGGAAAUAUAUCUUUGUUGCGGUGUAAUUGCGCCUGCGCUGUAAGUAACUUUACGUGGCAUCCUGUUGAAUGUGGACAUACGUGUUGUCACAAAGCCGGUUAUAACUAUAAGGUAGACAAGAUGAACAUUUUACCUAAUUUUUUGGCUUUAUUAGUCUCUCUCAUAUCGAUUAAAUCCAUAGAAUGUUAUUUUGUAAGCAUAGAUGCACACGCUGAAGAAUGUUUCUUCGAUAAAGUGACUUCAGGGACGAAAAUGAGCCUGAUGUUCGAGGUGGCCGAAGGUGGAUUCUUAGAUAUUGACGUGAAGAUAUAUGGACCAGAUGGGAAUGUUAUUCAUCAAGGAGAUAGGGAAUCCAAUGGCAAAUACACAUUUGCUGCCCAUAUGGAUGGUGUGUACAAGUACUGCUUUAGUAACAAGAUGUCAACCAUGACCCCUAAAAUUGUCAUGUUUACCAUGGAUCUUGGUGAGAAACCAAAGGAGAUGGAUACUGGAGAUACAGACGCUAAUCAUCAGAAACUAUCGGAGAUGAUAAAUGAGCUGUCAACAUCUCUCACUGGUGUCAAGCAUGAACAGGAAUACAUGGAAGUGAGGGAAAGAAUCCACAGAGCAAUUAACGACAACACAAACUCCCGUGUGGUAUUAUGGUCAUUCUUUGAGGCAUUAGUGUUGGUAGCCAUGACCCUUGGACAAGUGUAUUACCUGAAAAGAUUUUUCGAAGUACGACGAGUUGUAUAGGAAGCAUUUAGAUAGGAUGUUCACAUUAACAAGUGUCCUUUUAGAACGGUUUAUAUAUAUGCCAUGUCCAACAUGUGGCUAUUUGGCUUCUUCACUUGUUCAAUAGUUUGAAAAUAUUACAAGAAAUUAUGAACAGAUUGUUUUGUAUUCAUUACCAACUAAAGGCUAUUAAAGCACUCCUAUAAAUAUCGGUUAAAAGUAAAACUUCAGGAUGAUUGGUACUUGACUGAUCAAGGAGCAUGCGAGUACAACUUACACUGGAAAAUGGUUAACUUAAGAUAGUUUUAGUUUAAUUAGAAGAAUAAGAAAUUUUAUGCCAAAAUGCUUUAAAAGGAAUUUUGAGUAAAUUAUUGCUAACCUGUGAGGCAGCUCCCAAAUGUUAUGCUCCUAAGUACUAUUAAUGGACAAAAUUAAUAUGGAAUUUCCCAAUUUUAAACAUAUACAUAUGGACAAUUUUAUACAUAUGGAAGAAUAUAUAUGGAAGGAUAUUUUUCUCUUGUUGUUUGUAACAAAUGCUGUACAUUUCUAAAUAAUAUAACAAUUCAAUAGACUGAAUUGUGACAUAAUUUGUUUAUAGAGCAUUUCACACUGUUGUCUUUAUUACAUCAAAAUGCUUUUGUUUGGAUAUAUCCAAUAUACAUAAAAAAAAUAAUGUCUUUGUUUUGUAAUAUAAGCAGCAAUGUAAAUCCAAUACACUUGUUCAGCACAAAUCAGAAAAAGCUUUGUAAUAGAAGUUUUAAUUAAAACAUAUGGUAAAAAGUAUUUGUAGAUACUGUACUACAUUUAGAAAUUUACAUGAUUCAAUUCAUAACUUUGUUUAUAGAUAUUAGACAUCUUGAAAUAAUAACUGAAAUAUAUUAAGAAAUGUUUAUUAGUGCUAGUCAACAAAAUAAUUUCAUAGAGUUCAAAUUUAAGAUAUUUAAAAUUGAGAUUUAAUUUAUUUGAAGAGAAACAUGAAUAAAAAUAGCCAGUUUUAAUGAAAGUAUUUACUGUCGGCCAUUUGAUAGAUAAUACCACAGUAUUAUCAAUGGGUACAUGUUUAUUUUAUAGAACUGCAGUAUUUAUGUGUGUAGCUAAGUCUUAAAAUAACAUAUUGAAUGAUAUCAUUUUUUAUGGCAACCCAUCAGAGUGUCAUAUAAAAAUGCUCACGUUAAGAUCCUUUAACCUGAAAAAGUGAAUUUUUGGUGAUAUUCAAUAUUUGGCUAUCCAAGGUAAAAGUUGGUUUGCUGCAGGUUUCCUGGUUUGAAAAACAAAUUUUGUAUAUGCAUUUCUUUUUGUUUUGUUUUUGAUAAUAGUGUGAAUGAUUUUGAUGUAUGGAAUGUAUGACUCUUAGAUACCAGGGUAUACAUGUAAGAUCCUUGUAAUGACAGCUAGGAAGAAGAAGAACUAAGGUAUGACUGUAGAGAUUCUUGAAGUUAAAAUUUGAAGAUUUCUUAUUUAUUUGAUUUUUUUUUCUCUUUAAAAUUAUUUUAUGCUUCAUUUUAAAGGGUAUGACAUAAUUCCUGUAAUUAUAAAUGUAUCUUGUCUCCUCCAAUUGCAUCCAUUUUGACAAGUAAAUGAAAUGGGUGUGAGAGUGUUCAGAUUUCUUCAGCUUAGCUUUACAUUGUCCCUGCCUAAUAUUCCACUCCCUAUCCUUUCUUGUGAUGCAGUGUAUAUUUUUGUAGUUUUGAAGGUACAGGGAUUCUUUAUUGUGAUGCAAACCCAAUUUUUUGUAUACAUAUAUAUAAAGAGUGUACAUUAUCUAUAUGAGAUGUUAUGAAGCUGAAUUAGUCCCCUGGUUAUAGAUAUACAUGUAUAUGUAUAAUUCAGGGCCACUCAGCAGAACACAUUAAUCCGUGGUAUCCAGUGAUCUAAUACAAUAAGGUAUGCAAUGCUUCAAUUUCUUUGUCUGUAAAUGAAAAGUUAGGGUGUAAGAUUGUUUUAUUUCAUUUGAGUUUUGUUUGUAUGGUGGCUGAAUGUAGGUUGUGGUGUGAACCGAGUGGUUUAUGACUAUUUAUCGGAGAGAUGAGUAGAUAAAACAGAUGACAAUAUUUUAUAAAACAAGAGUUAUAUAAAUUAUAAAACUCAUUUGUUUGUGCUUGGUAAAUGUAGAGUUUUGGAGGAAAUUAAAACAUGUCUUUUUAACAUGUUGCAUUAUAAACAUGGAAUUUGUUGAAAAUAGCUGUUCACUCCAGUGUGUCCAGAAACACAGUUUAACAAUUAAACUCAAAUUCGCAGAACAAAGUAAAUCGCUACUGAACGAAAAAAUAAUUACAUUUUGACUUUGUUACUAACUCUGUUGGUCCGAAUUAAACCUACAAUGUUGAUGGGUUCUGAGUCACAAUGUCACUGUUAAACGUGUUUAAAGAUGUCAUAUCUAUUUAUUAAAAUUGACAUUGCCAAUGUACUUUCUAAUCUAUAAAAGGUAAAGUUUAAUUAUAAAUAUAGCAAUACUUCUAUAAAAAAAAAAAGCACCAAUCAUCUUGAUCGCAAGAUUCCUUAAGUGAUGUGAUGAAAGUGUUUGUGUUUUAUCUAAAUGUUCCUACACCAGGUAAAUGUACUGUUUAGUAUGUCUUUAGUUCUCUCUGUGCACAUUUUGAUUUCAUUCAUAUAAUUAGGUAUGUGAGUGUGUGAUGUAUCUCCAAAGAGUCUACACAUGUAAUGUAAAAUUUGAAAUAAAAUUUAAAUUUCAACAAUAACAA